AUAACAAAGAAUACUAAGGUUUGUAUGGUCUGUAGGACUUGCCCUCUUCCAGAAUAAACAGCCUUGCACUUAGGAUUAGGAUUGUGAAACUCUUUUGUGCAGAUGUUUCUAAAACGAAUGAUUCAUCUGUCUUUUGAGUUAAGUAUUCUUAUUCUUGUAGUCUACUCUACUCUACUGAUGUUUAGCAAUUUUUUUCAGCUUUAGUAUGCCUCGGGACACUGUUCCUAGUGCUGAAUCACCGAGAAGACGGACAGGCCUACUAAGAGAUCAGGUCCAAUUGGUUAAGAGAAAAGAUUCUGUUAGGUAUGAGAUUGUUCCCAUCCAAGAUCCUUUGUCCUUUGAGAAGGGGUUUUUCGCAGUUGUUCGUGCAUGCCAGUUAUUGGCUCAGAAGAACGAAGGCAUGAUAUUAGUUGGGAUAGCAGGUCCCUCAGGGGCUGGAAAGACAGUACUUACAGAAAAGAUCUUGAACUUUAUGCCCAGCAUCGCUAUUAUAAAUAUGGAUAAUUACAAUGAUGCAAGCCGCAUUAUUGAUGGCAACUAUGACGACCCGCGCUUAACAGAUUACGACACUCUGCUAGAGAAUAUCCAUGAUCUGAAAGCAGGAACUGCAGUCCAAAUUCCCAUUUAUGAUUUUAAAUCCAGCUCCCGUGUUGGCUACAGGACACUGGAAGUUCCAUCUUCCAGAAUUGUUAUUAUCGAAGGAAUAUAUGCCUUGAGUGAAAAAUUAAGGCCCUUGCUAGAUCUUCGUGUUUCUGUGACUGGUGGUGUGCACUUUGACCUUGUUAAACGUGUUAUGAGAGACAUUCAACGUGCUGGACAAGAGCCUGAAGAGAUAAUUCAUCAGAUAUCAGAAACGGUGUAUCCCAUGUACAAAGCUUUUAUAGAACCAGAUCUACAAACAGCACAUAUAAAAAUAAUUAACAAGUUUAAUCCAUUCACUGGAUUUCAAAAUCCCACAUAUAUAUUAAAGUCAACAAGGAUAGUGACAACUGAUCAAAUUAAGGCCGUUCUUUCUGAAGAUUAUGAGGAAACUACUGAGCAAACUUAUGAUAUUUAUCUUCUCCCGCCCGGUGAGGAUCCUGAAGCAUGCCAAUCUUAUUUAAGGAUGAGGAACAGGGAUGGCAAGUACAAUCUUAUGUUUGAGGAAUGGGUGACCGAUAGCCCUUUCAUCAUAUCACCGAGAAUUACUUUUGAGGUCAGUGUACGUCUUCUGGGUGGGCUCAUGGCACUUGGCUAUACAAUUGCAUCCAUCCUGAAAAGAAGUAGUCAUGUCUUCUCCAACGACAAAAUUUGUGUAAAAACUGAUUGGCUGGAGCAACUUAAUCGCAACUAUGUCCAGGUACAAGGAAGAGAUCGUUUAUAUGUCAAAUUUAUUGCUGAGGAGUUGGGUCUGGAUGGUUCCUAUGUUCCACGCACAUACAUAGAACAAAUUCAAUUGGAGAAACUCAUAAAUGAUGUUAUGGCUCUGCCUGAUGACUUGAAGGCGAAACUCAGCCUAGAUGAUGAUUUGGUUUCAAGUCCUAAAGAAGCUUUAUCCAGAGCCUCAGCAGAUAGGAGAAUGAAGUUCCUCAAUCGUGGGAUUUCUCAGUCCUACGCAACACAGCGUGAUAAAAGUAUGAGCAAGCUGACAAAACUUGCUGUCAACAAUAGAAGUUACAAUGUAAGAACCCCAGAUUCACCAGCUGCACUUGCUAACCAGGGUAUGGUUACCCAGUUAUCUGAACAAAUAUCCACACUCAAUGAGCGAAUGGACGAGUUCACAUCACGAAUCGAAGACCUAAACUCGAAGUUUCUAACAAAGAAUUUCUCCCAACAAAAUUUGGGAGGUGUACAAAAUGAAGCCUGCAUUUCUCUUCUACCGAAUUCCUCAUCAUCUUCGCAGUUGGCGAGAGAGUCUCCUGUCAUGGAAGAGGUGUUAUUUAUUGCUCGUGCACAACGUCAAAUCUUGCAUCAGAUUGAUAAUCUGAGCAGUCUCCUUCAUGAGUGCUAUGGGGAAAGGUCUCGUGAAGAUGGAAUGAAUCGGAGGAGUGGAUUAUCAGACGUGACAGUUCCCUUGCUUCUCUCGUUGGCUGUUGCUGGUGUAGGAAUUCUGUUGUUUAGAUCUGUCUCUUCUCAAAAAUAAUGUCCACAUUUCAUAUUACUAUGAGAUGGACUUUAUUGUAUUUAUGUGAAUGUGCACACUCGGCUUUCUUAUAUGUGCUGUUGGUCCACAGUUAACCAAGCUCGUGAUUUGACGGGGUGGGGGAAUAGAAGGAGAAAAAAAAAUUGAAAAUGCAAGCCCAUGAAUAAAACAAUAUAUACAAGUCACUACAAGUUUUUUCUUCACGGGGUUGAGGGAUGGAAGAAAAAAAAUAAAAUAAAAAAAAUAAAAAAAACUUCAACAAGCCUGGUGGUAUAAAAUGCUUCAUUAAAACCUUGUUAAGAAAACCUAAUGAGAAAAAAAAACUUGAAAAAUAGUAAAAUGGUUUAUUAGAAUAAUGAUUUUGAUCAGUUUAUGAUAUGUAUAUGAUAUGUUAUAUACUGAAUAAAAAUUUAAAA